AAUGUUUAUUUAUUACUUUCUUCGUCAAUCUUGAUGGUUAUUUCUUCUUAACUUCUUAGUGUGGCACCAAGACAUAAUGAAUUAUUUGUCUCAACUGGAAGUGGUUUACUUCAGCGUAUCAACUGGCAUGGAUUAUUAGAGGGACAUAUGACCAUGUCCAUACACUCAAUACCAUUCACAACUGAUUUGGAAAAUGCCAGAGGUAUUUCUUACUGAUUAAUGUAAGCUUCCACCUUCAUCAGGGGCCUGUUGUUUAAAUCUAAGGUCACAUGUGAAACUGCUAAUGUCUGGGCAUUUAUUAAAAGCAAAAGUGCUAAUUUUCGUGGAGUAAAUUUGAGUGUGUAUGCUACCAUAAAGGUUUUAUUUGCUGCAUGUGAAGAGAAGCCACUGAAUUCUCAUUUGUAUGCUUUGAUAGACUAAUAGUUUGCUAUUAAAAACUAGUAGAUCCCUUGUUUUUACAUAUUAGUAUAAGAUAAAUAAAUAGUGUAGCUCCCCAAAUUUUUUUUGUUACAUUUUACACUGUGGUUGCUUAGGCUAAAUAACGCAAAUAAGUGUACAAGCCAUUUUUACGCCGGUCAAUCUUUGUAUCUAAGCAUUGUUAUACAUGUAUUGUAAGGACAAAAGGUUCAUCUGCUGGAAACACAAGUCUUGUGAAAAGAUCAUCUGCCCGAAACACUAAUGAAAAUUAAAGAUGAGAAGAUCUGCUUAUUGAUAUGGAGGGCCACCAUAUUCAAUACGAAUGUUUGUAAUGCAUAUGUUAAAGGGAACCUCCUUGGAAAAGCUCGGCAGAGCUUACAGAGAUCUCCUGUUAAUAGAUUAAUAUGAUACAUGUGAUACAUUAGUAAUAAAGUGACAAAUAAAUAAAAAAUAUUGAAUUGAUUGAUUGUCCACUGUUGUAACUGUGUCGACUGUGUAUUUCUUUUCAGCUUUUCCUUUAAAAACAGAAGGUGUAAGUUUCCGCGCAAUGGAUUACAGUCCCUUGUUAGGGGGAUUUGCUGUAGUGUUGGCUGAUGGCAGAGGAGGAUUUUUAUCUGCUGAAACAGCCAUCUUUGACUGCUCUGUAAGUUAAAUUGUCAUGAAUUUUGUGUUCUGUAAUACAUGUAUACAAGUGAACUUCCAUGAAGUCAGAUGUAGGCCACCUGUUAAGCUAUCACCCUUACCACCCUUACUUGCCACCUUUGUUGUCACCUAAGAGGCCAUUAUAUAAUGGAGGAAAAUACAGUCUGAGAAAGAAGGUGACAGCUUACAGUAUUGUGGACCAGUAAUGCUGCUCCUGCAGUGUGUUUGUUCCUAAAUUAAGAGAUAUUUCUGCUAAAGAUUAUGCUAAUUUAUGACAAACAUCCAUUCAGCUGCCAAUCUGCAUUAGGUGUCCAGCCGUCCUAUAACCUGCGAUCAGGCGAUUUUUUUUUCCUUUGGCCAAAAAAAAAAAAAAUCGCCUGAUCGCAGGUUAGCCGUCCUAUCGACACCCGUUUUUGGAAGAAAUACAAGGAAAAUUCACCCUCUUAUGGGAGGACAUACCCUCUGGACAGUGUCUGGCUAAAAGCCUGUUUGUGAUGCAUUGUUCUUAUGUACAUGUAAGACCCUUAAUGCUGUGGUCAAUUGUUUUUUCAGCAACCACGCAAAAUCUAAAGCUUUAGUGGCUGCUUAUAGGAAGUGGUCGCCCAAAGGCGGUCCUUUCUGUGAAGAAGUCCCAACACAUCGACCUUUUGAAAGAUAAUUCAUUGCUUGCACUGGGUGUUUCAAAAGUUUGUGCCCUUGAAUUUAACAGAAAGAAUAAUCUUUCUGAACUGAAUGGGACAGGAAGGCUUGUAGUCUCAAGUAACUUAAACUGCAUAAUGAAAUGAUCACAGCUGUUAAAAUUUUCUAUAAUUUACUGUGCAGUCUUGAAGGUGGUGUUUUAAUCACUUCCACUAGCUUCGGGGAAACAAUAAACAUAGGGAACGCUUUUAAAAAGCUCUUUGCUCUGCAACUUGGUCAUUUUUUGUUAUUGUUUAUUUUAAGGAAAUUAUUGGUUUGUGGGCCAGAGAUUUAAGCUCAGCAACCUGUGUCACAAUCAACCACAGAUACAGACUAAUUGCAUUUGGAUGCACAAAGUGAGUUAAUAGGGACUUUUAGCAUCGACAACGGCUACGGUUCGACGUCGUUUUUAAAAUGAGUUAGCGUUUUACAAACUUUAUCGCGUUUAUUCCAAUUCGCUGAAAAUGUCUAACGUAGGCGAAAAGCGUGAUGCACGUGCAAACUUGUUGUUUUGCUUAAUAAACCUAUUGCUGUUUUGACGUCCUCGUUGCCGUCGCUUUCGCCAUUGCUAAAACACCCCAAUUACAUAGAGUCCAAAAGAGCUUGCUUACAAGUUAAUGGCUGUAUGACAAACCUAUAGGCCGUAUUCACAAUGAUGAAAUUUGACUACAGCUACCAGAAUUUAUUUCAUUUUGCUUUCUUAUUUUAAUUUGUCAAUCCCGCUGAGGUUUAAAAAGAAUAGCCCUUAUUUGCGAAAGAAAACAAAGAACUGAAGGAUUCUGGUAGUUUUACGUAGUAAAAUGACAUCAUGGUGCCAUUGUCCUAUUGAAUGGUUAGAUCCAUAAAAAUAACUUCGACUUGUAUUUUAGAUUAUUUUUAUUUCAUUGAACAGAGUGCUAAAUGUUUAGGUGGAUUGAAUUAAUUUUUUCUAAGUUUGAGUUCAAUAAUCCCCACCCUCCUUUGAUUUACUGUACAAGUGUAUGCACCUUCUUAAUGUGGACAUCUCUAUCGAAGCUGUAGAGUACAAAAUUACAAUCUACCUUCAUACACAAUGUGCUUACUUGUAUUGAUCCUUGAAUAACAAUGAACAAUCGUAUAAUAAUAUUUUAAUUGACAGUGCGCUUGGUUUGUUUGGCUUCGUUCUUAAAGGAACUGAAUGGCACGUAAUUUUCAGCUUCUGUAUCGUGAAUCUCUCUGUAUUCAGUACAGUUUAUAAAUAUAUUUUUCUUAAAGAUAAUCCCUUAGCUCUGUAUAUUGCACUGCGAUUGGUUCGAGUUCUUCUGCUUUGGCUUGUUAUUCGGACAUUCUGUUUUUCACUAAUCCCAAGUGAUCGACUACAGUUGUAGUUAGCCGAAUUGAAAUGCUGUUUACACUAGGUCAUAACGCCUUGCACCUCUAAUUAAAACCUUGAAGGCAAUUUUAAAGGUCGUGCAACAGCUGUGAUAAGCUGGCUCGAAUGGAGCACGACCUCGUUUCGAAAGUCGACUUCAGUUCAGUUGAACAAAAUAGCUGUUGUCGAAUACAUGUACAAUGCCAGGUAAGUAAGUUGAGUUUUGCAUGGCGGUAGCACUACUAUUGAAACCAUAUCGUGCUUAAGUGGAAUUAAAUUGAGUUCGGCACGGCAGUAGCAGGACUUUUGAAACCAAGUUGUGCCUAAUUCGAAUUAAACUGGUUUAAUUGAGUUCGGCACGGCAGUAGCAGGACUUUUGAAAUCAAGUCGUGCUUAAUUCGAAUUAAACUGAAUCGAUUGAGUUCGGCACGGCAGUAGCAGGACUUUCGAAAUCAAGUCAUACUUAAUUCGAAUUAAACUGGAUCAAUUGAGUUCGGCACAGCAGGAGCAGGACUUUUGAAACCAAGUCACGAUUAAGUCGAAUUAAAUUGGAUCAAUUGAGUUCAGCACGACGGUAGCACGACGUUUGAAACGGACCUGCGUCCGAUUCCGCCACCGGUGACAACUAGCCUUACAUGUAAUUAGGAGCGCAUCUUUAACAUGACUGUUUGUCCCCUUUAAAGAAGUUCGGUUGCAUUUGCGAGACAUUUGCUAGUGCGCCUUUUUCUACCAUUCAAUGUAAUAAUUAUCAUAUUAACUUGGCCUUCUAUUUUCUUGCAGUGGUGAAUGUCUAGUAUAUGGUUUUGACGAUUUAACAGGAGCUUUGCAGCUGUCUCACAAGCUUGUCUUAUCAAGCAAAGACUACCCUGGUAUCCUUUACACAACAAUGAAUUGUCACGUAUGUACAACACUGUACUAUUGUUUGUUCUCAGAUAAUCUUGGCUUGAAAUAACUAACCACUAUCGCCUUGUGGAAUCCUUAAUCCUGAGCUUUGAAAUCCGGAAUUCAGCUCAAGGAUUCCGGAAUCCUGCUAAUGAUUGUAAUCCAGAAUCCACGUUCCACUGAUAAGGAAUCCAGAAUCCAGUAACUGAAGUCCAGACUGAUCCACAGCGUGAAAUCCAGAACCCAAGACUGUCAUGGCAUUGGGCGACCGUAGGCGUCGGAGUUGUCCCUUUCGUAAACGGUCGCUGCCAUUUGUUAGACACUUAGAAAAUUCUUGACCUGCUAUUGAGAGUGUUUCUAUUAAAAAGAAAGAAAAUCGCAACCCAGAGUCGAACCCGGACAUCGAACCCGGGCCUUUAGUGAUCCUAAUCUCUCUCCCUUACCACAACACUGCCACGCCGACCCGCCAAAAUUCCGAAAAAUGUAAGUACAUAAAGUAACAAACUUUUGGAUUAUUAUACAUGUCUGAGAAACUGUCCACCUACCCUUCCCCUAAACCAACAUUAACACUUGGUUGUUACUUAGGGCAAAAUGUUGGCUUAGGGGAGGGGUAGGUGGGCGGUAUCCCAGAAACGUAUAAUAAUCAAAACUUUUUCUUUACUGAUGCAGCAAUAACAGGUGACCGUAACCAUUUCCAUAACAUUUUACGUAAUUCAACUUCGGUGUAGCCUGCUUAACUGGCAGGAUUGUUGUAUCCGGAUUUAUUUUUACCGCCAGCUACUCGGGCUAACUUGGACAUCGUUUUUUUUAGACUAUUUAAAAACGUAUUGUUUUCGUUAUGACUAAAAGCUUGGUUACUAAUGGUGGCAUCGACUGAUAAAAAUGGCAAAGACCGUUCACGUAAGGGAAGUAGGCAUAACCCGAUCGGUCGCGUUGUCAACUUAUCUUAGCUCGGACAACACACGUUGUUAGUCGGUCAAAUAUUGUUAAAUACUGACUUACAAAGAUACGUUACGAACGUACAAUGCAGAAAAAUGCGAAAGGAUUAUCCUUACGUGUCAGCGUGCAAAGAAAGUAGUGUCCGAUAGCCCGGGGCUCGUGGAUUUUGCUAUCGGGCUAGUGAAUUCUGUUUUCAACUUGCCCGACGGGCAAGUGAUGUUUUAUGAGGAGUCUGAAUAACAGAAGAACAAAAAGUUUUUGGGGCUAGUUGAAAUGACGUCUGGGCUAGUAAAUGCUAGCUUUAGCUUGCCCGAAUGGCAAGCUGUAAAAAUGAUUUUCUUUGCACCCUGCGUGUAUACACUGAACUGCACAUGAAUUAUCAUUAUCACUCAGCAAGAACGAAUAACUUUGUAGGGGACAAUAUGGAACAGACUAACUAGCCCGCGGAAAAGCGGUGAGAAGACAAACGCGUUACCGUCGAGCGGACUAUAAGUUAAUGGAAAAGUACUAAGAAGAUAAGGUUAAAGAAACGGUGAAGCGACAAGUCAAUCAAGUUGAUAGACGCUGCGGCGCUUUUUCGAAGAAAGACACUAAAUAUUGCCGUUGCCAAAGUUGCAAAUUUAUUGUGUUUCUACGAGCUAUAAUUUAAGAAUUAUUGUUAUUGUUAUCACUGUUGUAUUUUGCUCAAAAUUUUUUUCAUGAAGGAACUGCUUUUCCUUAACAAAAUUUAAUGAUGACAGAUACCAUCCAGACCACAGGUGGUGUCCAGUGCCUCUCGUGGACUCCUGACGGCUGUGCUAUUGCAGUGGCCUGGUCCUGGGCGUGUCAUGGUGGACUUGCUGUAUGGAGUGUUUUUGGAUCUCUUCUGAUGUGUACUCUGGGAGGAGACUAUGGGUACCUGAAUUCUAAAUCAUGAUUAUUUGAUUCUGCUGUUUUACUCAAUUUGCCAUCGAAAAAAAACUUAGAUUCUUAAUGUUUAAGUUCAAGUUUAAUGAUGUUUUUUAUCACUGUUCAAAGAUAUACUACAGCUAAUAAUAACAAUAAUCACCAUAAAAACUAUAUAUAAAAGUACAGUAGUCAAAGGAAAGCAAUUGGGGGAAACUGAACUCCCAUAUAAAAACUGCUCUCCAAAACUUAAAGAUAAUACAAUUAAAAAUAGAAUAUCUAAUAUUUUACUGUACAUUAUUUAAGAAAAAAAACUGGAGGAACUACUUUUUAAAUAAAUAAUUAACAAAAAAAGAAAGAAAAUACUAAUAUAGUAAGAAGUAAUAAAAUGUGAGAACCAACAACAAACUCAACCCACAUAUGGCGUCAACACCGGGAUUUGAACCCGGCCACAUUGGUGGGAGACGAGUGCUCUCACCACUGCGUCAUCCUUGCUCCCCACACAUCAGAAUAGCCAUGAAUUCAUUUGUAAAGUUGAACCAAGUAAAGGUAUUUCCUUCUUAGCUCCAAUGUUGAUGUUACUUUCUAAAUCCCGCAGGACUUCUCAGGAAGCAGUGCUCCAUAAUCCACUUCACAUUAAAUCAAUGGUAAGGUUUAUACUGAUAAAACCGCAGAAUGGAGCUGACGUGCUUUGUGUACAUACACUACUACUAUUUCAAAACUAAGGGCAGUUUUAUGUUUAUAGGAAAAGUACAAUUGUGAUAAGUUUUUGAUUAGCAAUCCACAUCAGCACCUCCCCGACUUUGUUAAAUCCUGUAGAAUUAAAUUCGGUGAUCAUUUGUGUGUGGUCUAUGGACAUUUAUCGUAACCACAUUUAAGAGAAAAAAGUUUGUACGUGGAGGAUCUAUAACUCAGUUGAUAGAGCGUAGUACUCAGAAUUGCAAAUUAUUUUUUUCUCUUGGAGACAUAUUAUAUGUGCAGCUAAGUCACCUUUCUUGUCGGACUAGACAAAUGUGUCUUCGGACACGAUCAAGGACGCGUUGCUCGUCUUAAACGAAAAUUGUGCAUGGUAGGCACGGAAUUGGAAUCACAAUCGGAUCAUGACUGACCACAAUUAAGAUUUUGUCUGAUAUGAGCCAAUUUUUAGUCAGACAUUUUCUGAAUAUUGGGUGGUAUUUGCGGCUCGGUAGUCAACUCUUUACAGUUAAACUGUGUUUAUAUGCCUUUGUAAGGGGUGGGGCCCUGAAGGCUAUAACCUGGCGAUGGUGUCUGCAGAGGAAAAAAGUGGGUCCGCAGGUAAUGUGGUUGUUGUUUUAAUAUCUAAUGAUAGUUCGUCCCUUUUGCCCUACUUAGAGAAUAAAAUGAAAUAAAAAAGAAGGGGAGUACACCAUAAGAGCUUACAGGUUACCAGCAUCUACAUGUAUUGGCUUAUUUUCCGAUAACAAGGCCAUUAAUACGAGGAAAGACAAGACACAUCUUAGUAAAGGCGCGUGUUAAAUAAGACGCAAACUGUACCAUUCAUACGAGCAUGCCCUUUGCGUCUUAGCGAAGUCGCUUCUCAUUAAAGACGGGAGGACUUGGUGCAAUUCAUAGAGGAAGUUUGCGUCUUGUUUUAGCUGCGUCUUCUUUACGCCGUCCCCUUAUUUCUUUAAAUAAAUGGCUUUGAUGUGGCUAUCCAAUCAAAGACAUAAAAGGUAACGAGAUAAAGGUAUUAUAAUCCAACGUCCUUGAUGCCGGCAUUUAUUCGAGGAUAAACGAGACACGUCUUACAUAAAUGGGUCCCAAGAACAACACGAGGAUUUCUAGUAUAAAUGUAUCGUAAAACGCCUUCGCGUCUUAAAGAAGACGCAACGAAGUGUACCCUUCCUAAUUACUCGUAUGAAUAGUGCAGUGCUAUCUAACUAAGUCGCAUCUUUGUGAGGCAUGUUUUGUAUUCCUCGUAUAAAUUGGCACUAAAAGAGAAAUCGGAGAAAAUGACGCAAGACUAUAUUACAGAAAUGAUUUCAGAUAUUUUUAGACGUACAUUUUUUUUUUCAGGCAAAACUAUACCAAAAGAAAUUGAAGUGACCGAUUAAACUGUUUUGCUUUUUAUAUAUAUAUAUAUAUAUACAGCGAUAUAAAUCAUUCCAUUUCUCAUUAUUGAAUAACUUUUCAUUUUAUGAAUUGUUUCAGGUGACAUAAUGCAGCUUCAGUUCGUGAAAAGUGCACUAACAGUUAAUCCGUGCAUGGUAAGUAAGCCCGUGACGGGGUGUUGAGGAGGUUAUCUGCAAACAGUUUACCUUUGGAAGAUCGCAGUAUGCUCGCAGGCAGGUGUUUAGGCUUGGGAACUUACUCCACAUUUUAUUUAGGCUAUGUGCACCGAUGCCAUUUAGGUUAUUUAACACGUGCUUUGUUCGGCUGUUAAAGUCUCAAAUGUCAAAAAAAUUUUUCCCGCCUUAUUGCUUAAGGUUCUCUAGCAGCGCCCCGUGGCCACUGGCGCCUUACUUUUGCCCUUAGACGACUAGGAAAUCCUAGGGUUAUAUUAUAUAUAUCGUAUUCUGGGUGACCUGUAUUUCAAAGCACUGGACUACCUUUACCUUUCCUUAGAACGUAGCCUUGGGCGGAAGGACGUUUGGUUCUUAGAGUAACCCUCGCUAUACUUGACGUCGUGUUUAUAUACAAGUCAUGUAUAUCUAGAAUUGAUGUUUUGUUAACACGAAGUAAAUCAUGAUGAAGUAGAGGAAAUUACAUGGCCGCGCGGAGAUACGAAAUUUCUCUUCAAGUGUUGAAAUAUUUUUCAACACGAGAAGAGAAUUGCGUAUCUCUAAGCGGCUGUGUAAUGUUCUAAUACUUUUUUUUGCUGCGAAAGGCGCGCUUUAUCACAUGUUAUUUUUCACGUGUGAAGAUAUGGCUUGUCUUGCGCGAAAGCUCACCAGUUAUUUCAUUGGUGUUUAUAUAAUAAGUAGUGGAAAUGUUAUUAAGUUUAAAUUGUUUCUACAUCCCUUGCAGAGCAACCAUGAGCAUUUAUUCCUCCAAGGCGAGGAGUGCUUGUACCUGAACACUGGAGACAUGGUGUCCGACACACAAGAUUUAAUCGAGAACACUGGCACUACUCCUGUGAUUGGUGGACCAGUUGGUCAUAGCACUCUGGUCAGUAACAAGCAGUGGAUUGUUAUACAGGUGAGGGCUGCAAAGUUAGAUUCAGCAGGGUAAAUUGGGUAACAAGAGACGUAGAAUGAAGCUAACAUAGGAGGCUAAUAGUGUACGUUCGCAAUCGGAGGGAGGAAAAAAGAAGACGGCAAACUUUAUAAUAUUUGACAAGCGUGGAUAUGAUUAUGGUACAGUGGAACCUCGAUAUAAAGAAGGGCCAAGGGACUUGCAAAACAUUUCGCUAUAACGAGGUUUCCUUAUAUUGAGGUCCUUUUCCAUACAUUUUACUAUCAUUGGGGUAAAGAAAAUCGUUCGUUAUACUGAGGACUUCGUUAUAUAGAGGUUCGUUAUAUCGAGGUUCCACACUAAUUGGCUGUCUUAGAUUUCGUUAUGCCCAGGACUUCUUCAUGUAGAGGUUCGUUAUGUCGAGGUUCUACUGUAAUUGGCUGUCUUAGAUUUCUUUAUACCGAGGACUUGUUAUAUAAAGGUUCGUUAUGUGUAGGUUCCAUUGUAAUUGGCUGUCUUAGAUUUAGUUAUACCGAGGACUUCGUUAUACAGAGGUUCGUUAUGUCUAGGUUCCACUGUAACUGGCUGUCUUAGAUUUCGUUCUACCGAGGACUUCGUUAUACAGAGGCUCGUUAUGUCUAGGUUCCACUGUAACUGGCUGUCUUAGAUUUCGUUAUACCGAGGACUUCGUUAUAUAGAGGUUCGUUAUGUAUUUUCCGAUUGCGGUCUAUCGUCGGCGUGUUUUCUUUUCUUUUGAAAGUCUGCUACCGAUUCAAACUAUUUUAUCAUUAUGUACAUAUACACCUCAAAUUUACUUGCCAACAGUUUUAAUUUUGUUUGUCUGUGUGUAAAUCACCUUUCCAGGCUCCUUUAAAUUAUUUGGACAGCAACUGGCCUAUCAGGGUAAGUAAGUACAGUUGAACCCGCUUCUUAUUUUGUUCCGACGGACAAUGCAUACACUAUUAUAUGAAAGAAGAUCAUUGCAGUUAUGGACCCAACUUUUGCAGCUGCGAAUAGAAAUUCUGAAAAAUUUCAGGCUUGUACGGAAUUACCGUUUCAGGCUUGAAUCCCGUUCAAGGCUGUAGUUUUUUUUUUGUUUUUUUGUUUUGUUUUUUAGGCUCUCUUUUCGCAACUGCAAGAGUUGCGUCUAUAAUUGCGAUGAUCUUGUUUCAUGUAAUCCUUCAUCCCGCAGUUCUCAUAUAUGAUUUUCAUAAAUUCAUAACUUCAGUGCAUACAUUGUUGUUUCAACCCCUUUACAACAGCCAACCCUUCACAUUGGCAACGCUCACUAAAUUGCGUCCAGUUGAGAUUCAAAAUAAACUCUACAUAACGGCCUUUUAGAACCGGACGAUGAGCAAACUGCGGGCCUUUUUACAUGGAGGCGGGGGACCCUAGAUAGGCGAGGUCACCUCGGGUGACCUCCACCUAUCAUGUAAACGUGAUCAUAUUAAAAUGAGAGAUUAUAGGGACAGGCAGGUUACCCCACCUAAGCGGGUUACCUCACCUACCUUCGGUCCCCCACGUCCACAUAAACAGGCCCUGACUUAAUGUAAUUGAUGCAAUAGACACCAGGGGUGUCUAUUAGAUGGGGGCGUUUACUAGAGAGGCGCAAGCUUAAAAGAAUCGAGAGCGUUUAUUUGAGAGAAGGUGUCCAUUGUGUCGUUUGCGGUACUCAAUGUACCUUACUUGCAGUGAAUUGCAGAAGUCUUCAACUGAGUAACAGUGAAAGAUACUGAUGCCACAGAUUUUGUGUAACAACACGCGAAGCAAACAACUGAACGCGAUAAGGUUUAGUUUUUAUUGUUUUUUUGUUUGCGGCGAUGCACGAAGAAAGCAGCAUCUUAUAAACACCACUGGUAUAUUGAUUUUCCGCCACCUUGGAGAGUAGGUGUACCCUACAAUUAUUCUAGGUCAUUGUUUUAGUUCAAUCUUUUUUUUGUUUAACGCUUUAGUAUGCGGCUGUGGACAAGACUGGUCGUUGUGUUGCAAUAGCUGGAAGAACAGGGAUCGCUCAUUAUUCACUUAACAGCAGAAAGUGGAAACUGUUUGGCAACGUGUCACAGGUACAGGAAGUUGCUCUCUGAAGCUUGUACCGUACAGGCCUAAGCAAUGAAACAACCGCCUACCUCAUUUUCCUUUUCACCCGAUCUUCAAUUGGCCGCGACAGGAUUCGCGUGGUCGGUAGAAGGCUAACCAGCGAAGCAUUAAUGUCGCGGGCUCGAUUCCUUGGGCCAGACAAAUACUCAGGGUCUUAAAUCGAUUAAGAAGGAAGGUUUUUCUCCCGCCUGCAAACGGAUAGAACUUGAUGUGGCUUGAAUGAUCACCUAGAAAUGAAGGUCUCGGUUUUGCUUUUUUUUCAUUCAAUACUCACAUAAUUUAAAGUCACCUUUUUUGUCAAGCAACGAUUGAUUUCUCUGCUGAGAUUUUCAACUUCUAAUUUAACAAACAUGCUGUGAUAUUACUUUUCGCUACAUUGCUUUAUACAUUUUUCUUUUUUUCAAUAAAGGAGCAAGGUUUCUCAUGUCGUGGUGGUCUGUCUUGGUGGAGAGAAUUUCUUAUUGUUCCCUGCUACAACUUUACUUCCUCGGCGGACGAGGUAGGCUUACAUUAACUGCCACAGGGUACCCAGGCUCUUAAACAUUCCUUUCCUUUGCUACAAUUGUGUGUCCUCAACAGACGGGUUAGGUUUAGCUUUGCGUACUGUCUUAGGAAGACCGCAGCAGGCUGUGGCACAGUCCAUCCAGUGGCUGAAUAAAAAAAUGGGUGGCAGUGUUGCCUUAUGAUCCAAAAAAUGGCUAAGCUUCCUGUGCAUAGAAGACAAAGGGACUUUUCGAGAACAAUGCCAUUGAGGUUCAUAUGUUGUAACUUUUACCCAUUAUUAAUUUCGUGUUGUGUUUGUAUCCUUCUUACAGGUUCGUUUCUACCCCAGAACUUGCAAUUUAGACAAUGCAUUUGCGGUAAAUGUCAAGUUACCGGCUCCAGCUUUCCUUGUGAAUGUUUUUCGAUGCUUGUUGUUGGUGUACUGCGCUGAUUCCAGGGUGGUUUUCUUUUCGCUGGAGAGGACAGAUGUUAAUCCAAGUAAGUCGUAGUGCUUAGCAUGGGACCAGGAUCCUUGGUGGGGAAAGAAGGAAAUAUUUUACAAGACUGCUUUCUUUCAGAUGUUCCAGAAGUGCAAGUUUCACGCGUGCAAGAAGUAUCACUUGUCAACCACGUGCCACAUCCCCUAGCAGUUGUUCAUGUCACGCUUACAUCGUUAUAUGCAGGUAAGUCACGCAAAUCGUUAAUCGUCUUAAAACCUAGAAAGUAAAGGUCUCCUUACAGAAUUAAAAGUUUACGUUUUAAAACGAACUUUCGACGCCCUUACGGUGUCCUUGUCGAGUCUUAUUCGGAUCAAAACUUCUUCAUUGAUUCCCUUUUUUACCCAAAUUUACUAUGAAGUCGUGGAAAAACUCAGAGGAAAUGUCAAGCCACGGGAACGACGUCGUAAACGCUAAAAGCCCUGCAUGAGAGAAGCGCCCUUCCCUAUAUGCUCCGUGAAAUUAUGAAAUGGCAGGUUAUUAGUUAACAGAGACCUUUAGACUGGAGUAAGAGAACGGCAACAAAGACGAGAUUUCACUUAAGUUUUUCUUUUCUUUUUUUUCCGCGUAUUCUCACAAAAAGAGAUACACACCGAAAAGUUUCAUUUUCCUUUUUUUCACCAGAAAAGUUAACACGGCUAUUUUUAUUAAAGGAGGUUAAUCCCUCUUCCGAUCAGCUGUUAACAUCUGAUAACUUGUUUCCGUCACUGUGACAGUUUUGUUAAAAGUCGUAGAAGAAUGACGACGCCUAUCGCGUUUCCCGCCACGUUGGUCCACGCGCACCGGCGCACUACUUAUAGCGCUUAGAGAACUAGCAGGCCAGACCGGUUAUUUUAAAAGUAAAAUGUUUGCAUUUUAUAGAAAUUUUCUAUAAAACCCACCACUUCCAAGCAUACCAUUUAAAAAUAGACUAAUCUGACUGGACAGUCCUGGCUGAUAGUGAAAUUCUCUUUUCAACUGGACCGGUCUGAACGACCUGAGUUCUUACAAAUGGAAAAUGUAUCGAGAAAAAUCUCGUUUUAGUACUCGUCCUUGUCUAAGAAUAUUAAGGUUUUUUUCUUAACAUACUUUAUAGACUACCAAGGCUUGGAGGGACUGGACGGAGUGGAGUCGCUUAUCACUAAUGUCGGCGGUCGGCUGCUUAUGCUUCAGAGGGAUAAGAACUAUCCUGAGAGAAAAACGAAAAAGGUAUCUAGGAAUGGUAUAGUUUCGAACCUCCUCUAACAGCCACCUCCCUACAACGGUAACGGCCACUAAACUGCAUCCCCAACUGCCAAGAUAUAAAACCUCUCGACAACGGCCGUUUUUUUUUUGUUUUUUUUUUCAUGAGUGACUGGCGAAGUCAUGAAUAGUCACGAAAUUUGAUCCGUAUGGCGCUUCCAUCUUUAAUUAAUGGUGGAAAUCCUUACAGUUAAACCAACCGACAGCAGAUGGGUGUGGGAAUAAGGUGCCUGGUGAAACCGAAGGGGGCCGCAAGUGAGCCCAAAAGGUAACCGUGAUAACCCUUUGAGCGGCACCCACCAGGCACUAUCACACUGAGAACUCUCGAUUUUAACCUCCCGUAAAUUAUAUUUAACCACAUAUAAUUUAUGGUUAAAUGUUGGAACAGUGUUUUUUUGGUAAGAACCGUGACAUCUCGCUCUAGCAGACAUUCCUGGACAACUCUAUUUCACCUAUCGCCACUUAAAAGAAAAGAAAAUAUCGGGAAUUUUAAACGCGUAGUUACGUUUCUGUCUGUCCUUUUACAUGCCGCAGUAAGCAUAAAUUGUCUACAAUACUUCUACCGGAUGCCGCGAACCUUGUUGGUUUUGUCUUGUUAACAUUUUGAUUGAAAACAUUAUUUUUUAUUGUUCAUUAUUAUCUAUAUACAUAUGCCAUAGAUCAAGUCUGAAGAUGAAUUCUGUUAUUUUAAUCCUUUCUGUGGUAAUAAUAAACUGUCCUUGAUAUCGCCUAGUCUUCGUUUUGUUCGCCUGUUGUUCUGGCGUCUUGUGUGGAGAAUGUGUGGACUUCAUCAACAUCCAACCAGAAAAAAAGGCAUCUGAUGGAGGCUCUGUGGCUGGGAUGUGGUGCGAAUGGAAUGAAGGUACAACUUCUUAAAGAGUAAACUGUCAUGAUUUUUCCGUAAACCAUGUUAUGCUCCCUACAGAUUUCUUGGUAAGACUGGUUUUCGUUCACCCAUGAAUGUGUGAAAAAGUGCCAUCUUUACUCUGACAUCUGCAAACCGUAGGCUCGUUCCACUGUGCUCGUCUAGGAUCUCACUGUGCCUGUGCCUCUGUUAAUCUUACCCUGUGGAACUUCUGUCCUCCCCAUAAGCUCCCAGAAGCCUUUUGGUGUCGUAAGGAGGCUGACGAGAGGGGAAAAAGAAAGCGCGCGGGGGAGAAUGGGAAGGGGAAAGAGAAGAAGAAGAGAAGCUGCCUUUUCCCUCUUCCCAUCCUCCACUGCUCCUUUACUAUUUUUGAUUUUAUAGGUCUGGCUUCCUUUAUUUCCUGGAGAUGAUGAUAAUCCACCAAACUUUCUCUCCAAGAGAAUUAUGCUGCCAUUUCAUCUGAACAUCUAUCCACUAGGUAUGCUAUUCAGUACUUUUUAACUUCUCGUCAUAUAACGAAUUUUAGGUUACGAAGGACGGUAGGGUAGGAAAGUUCGGGGCUUAAGUAUUUGCGGAAAAUUUACCUUUCAACAUCGAAGCUUUUUUGCGCGGUGUUAGCUCUUGACGUGCUUUUCUAGAAGGAUGUGUCAGCUCUGAUCUUAUGUACCCCGAAAAGUUGUAUGGGUGAAAGGACUCAAGUUGGAGUCUUGUACGAGCGUUGUAAUCAAUCAUCUCCUCCGAUCACAUUUGAUUACUUGCCUCGCCGUAAGCUCAUUAUCGAUUAGUUAAUUGAACGUUGCAAUGGAAACACUGAGGUAAAUACUUAACAGCAGUAAAUUCUAGUAUUGAGCCUUAAUUUCAUUUCGUCCAUAGCUGUUUUAUUUCAAGACGCUGUGAUUCUUGGUGCUGCUAAUGAACCGAUGCCUUUGGAAUGCACAUCACCUGCCCCAACAUCUCUUUCACCGCAAGCCUUUCCUUUCUGCACGUUAGAAAGAACGGUGAGUUGUGAGUAUAUCAGAUCUACUUCAGUUUUGAACCUUGUAAAUUUCUUGUGAUCAUUCAGUGUAAGAGUGGAAAAUUGAUUAUGUCUUACGUAAGUCCAUGAGCGAAUAACCUCUGUGAAGCCUGGGAUUACGGCUGCCUCUCACCGCUCCCUAGUCCCUUCGCAGCCGUUGUCUUUGUCAUCACGCUAUACGUUCCUCCCCCUACAAACUUGUGGGGAGGAACGUUGCAUGACAACACAAAGACGGUUGGGUAAGAGACUUAUCGAUCCACGCCGCUGGGACGUUUCGCGAGAGAGACGUCUGCGUUUGGUUAAAAAUACUGUGCUAACAACGUAAAUCUGUCCAUCAAGAGCUCUGAUCGGUUGACGCUGUAUCUAGACUCUAUUUAGGUAUCUAACUCUUAUUGUUCAUUGGAGGCCAUUAUGGUUGUGCACAUGCGUGUUUUUUCUUCUGACCGUUCUUCACGAUGUAUUCCGAUCCUUACCUGACUUUAAGUCUGCUUGUUUGUUUUCCUGCUUGUUUUGUAGACUCAAAUAUAUCUGCACCACAUCCUGAGGCAGCUUUUGCGACGCAAGUAAGUGUUUGCCUGUUCAUAUGAUGAUGCAUUGGGUGAAUAGCCAUUUGCUGGUUACCCUAAACGGAAAAAUAUGCUACCAAUAUAUGUCUUUAGAGUUUUUCUCUUUCUUACCCAGCUUAGGCCAGCAAGCUCUGAAAAUUGCCAACAUGUGUUGUGAUCUGCCAUAUUUUCCUCACGUGCUUGAGCUUAUGUUACAUGAAGUCUUGGAAGAAGAAGCAACUGCGUCUGAGCCUAUUCCAGGUGAAGGGGGAGGUCAUCUUGGGUGGAGGAAGGGGGGCGUUGGUGGUGGUUGAUUUUGUUCUGUUUUCGCCCAAUGGUGCCUUAUAUUGUUCACUAAGGCUCAAAUAGAGCCCGUUCACAACAAGCUAGCAAAAAAACAAAAACAAAAACAAACGAUCGUCACCUUCUGUGAGCAAAAUAUUGUUGAUCUACAGUAGGUUUUAAUGAGCAAAACAGUGUUACCAAUAAAAGAGAUCCCAGGAUUGUACAGAAAUAUGUAAAAUGCGGUGUUUUGUACAGACCCGCUUUUGAACGUCUAUUUGCGUCGGACCGAUCCGGUAAAAGUGCUUUACAGGAUCAGCAUGGGCAAAACAAAGGUGUUAUAUAGCUCAGAAUACGCGUAAUUCCGCUUCUGAUACCGUAAUGCAUAUUGAGAACAAAGAAUCUGGUCAAGUAAGGACGAAUGAGAGGUAAAACAAGACCUCUCCAGUCCAGUUGUUGAACCGAAUCCGCAAUGAACUACUUGCUGCCUAUUUUAUAACCAACAUUCUCUUUUUUUGUCCUUCUUUGUCUCAGACGCUCUUCUUCCUCGUAUUGUUCGGUUUAUCAAGGAGUUUCCUCAGUAUCUGGAGACAGUUGUUCAUUGCGCCAGAAAAACCGAGGUCGCUCUUUGGAGUUACCUGUUCAUGGCUGUUGGCAAUCCUCGAGAACUGUUUACAGUAAGAAUAGCAAAAGAAACUUUAAGCUUAAUCUCUUUUUCUUUUUAAUACACCUUCGACAGGAACAAUUGACGCAAGACGUUUCUGUGAAUGGUCACACUUUGUAAUUAAAUACACAAUUUUAGAAACUAGAUUAAGAACGUCGUUAGAAUUUAGCUCGGAAUAAUACACGGAAUCGCAGAGAAGUACUUCUUAAAAGCUUUCAUUUUUAAACUUGCACUCGUGGUUAACAGGUGGAAGUCAAUGUUUUUGCUGACGCGUACAGCAUCUUUUACGAAUUGCACCACAGGAAAGUACUGCUCACUUGUUUGUAGCUAGCUGGCGAGAAAGCUAUCCUUUUUGAAAGGCGAGCGAAGCGUCCCGUGAGACGACCGGCGAGCAAGCGGGAAAGCCGCUAGGGACGGAGGAAAGGAGAUCUCGCAAUAAUCACAAAUAGCUUUUCAUUUCUUCUUCACCUGGGCAAAGGGAAAUAACGUUGACUGGAAAAUAACUUACCGUGAAAUGAUUUUGAUUGAUGAAAGUCCUAGCUGGGGUGCAAUAAUUUUCGCAGUUUAUGUAGAUGUAUGAAGUUGUAAGAAAAGCGCUACUGAAACAGUGUAUGUCUUCCUCCGAAGGCGUUUCCGCUACUAGCUGUCUCGCGUCUCUGGGAAUGCCUCUCGCGCGACAAUACAAUGUCCCUCAUAUGGGGGGAGAGUUACUUGCUGGCUAGUCUUAAGCUUCAUUUGUCGACUCGUGAUUAUCUAUUUUGUUUGGUCAGAACAAUGAUUGCAUUCAUAUUAAACCUUUCCUAACAGGAAUGUCUUGCCGCUGGCAAACUAGAAACUGCAGCCUCGUACCUUAUCAUUCUUCAAAACCUGGAACAACCGGCUGUUAGCAAACAAGUUUGUGCAUGAAUUUAUGCUCUGUUUUAGGGUGGAUUCAUUUGCAACGUAGGCGUAUAGCUGUGGCAUUUGCCUGCUGGAAUUUUAAACUGUUUUUAAGCCUAUAAACAUAUACGCAUGUGUUGCAAAUGAAUCCACCCUCACUGUGAUUGAUCAUUACAGAAAUAAUGAUGCUGUCACCCGGUUUUACUCUGGCAGGUACAGCUUGCGAGAAUUCUCCAAUUUGAAGGUGUUUACUCGCACCUAAAAACGUGCAACAAGUGCACAAUAAUGUACCAUGGAUGUCUGCAUUUUAUGCAAUUACGUUCCAAUCAGAAACUGCAAUGUAUUUUUGUAUUUUUGCAGUGCUAAUGCAAACCCGUGAAGUCAUUUUGCCACAAUACUGAAACAGCCUCGUGCUCAGGGUUUUCGAGACUGUGUGAGACGGCGCGAGAGACUUGCAAAAAAUUAAAUCACAUGGCAUCAUGGGAAGGGGGGUAUUGGGGGAACUCCUAAGCUGUUACCUUUCCGUCGUCCCUUUUGUGCACGAUAAAGUAAAGGCGUCUCUAUGGAGAUAAGCGCAGAUUUUGAUAACUAAACAGUUCAGGGGAGCAGGAAAAAUGUUUCAUUUCGAGUGCAGUACUGAUACGAAGAGCCAAGAAAACAACGUUGUAUUGUGGCAAUAACUUUUUUUUUCUUGUCAUGUUUUUAGCACGCUACCAUCUUACUCGAUAAGGCUCUGGAUGGCUGUAAGUGGAGUGUAAGUGUAAUGAAAUAGUCUUAAAAAUUGUUUAAUUAUAUUGGAAUAAUCCGUCGUCUUCUUCAAUGCUGGGGUAAAUAGUUAUUCUAUUACAGACCAAGUAAGUAAAAGCAAGUUCCUCCUAAUCAUAUUAUCUCAAUGCAGGUGUUUUCUUGAAGCACACUAUUCGCUACUUUUCUGAGUCUUUCUCUGCCGUUGGACUCAAAAGUGGCCGCAACACAUAUGAAAUGUUGCUAACUCACUUGCCCCAAAUUUGCGCCUGUAUUGGAAUCAUGUAGAUCAUAUAUCAAUUGUGUGGUACAUUAAUACAGUAUAACUGAGACAUUCAAGAUUCGGAAACAUUUACAGCGUUUUAAAUGCGAGUUUUUUAACUCUCAAAACACCGUUUGAUGCUAGUCGAGUGUAUCCGAUUUCUGCUAAGUAUCUGGCCAGACAGAACCAAAAGUAUUGGCUUGUUGCAAGUUGAACACUACUAGUACUCUGGCUUUUGCUCUUGGACUGAGUUAAAGCUUCGAAGUUUCGACCUUCUUGACUUGAACCUUUUGCGUUUUCUCCUCCUUGCUGUUCACAUUUUCUUGUUCUGCUGCUUUAUCACUGGAAACAAGAUUGAUGACCGUUUAAUGACAUCACAAGCGGUACAAGGGACUCGGUUCCACGCGGGAGAGAGGAGCGGGGAGUGUACGAAUGUUUGUGCUCUAAAAGAGUUAAGUAAGAUGUUUCUCUUUUUUUUCCCUCGGCAGAUUGCCCAAGAUCUCGUCCGUUUCUUGCGUUGCAUUGCUGCAGAUGAACUCGAUUCUCCUCCCCGCUCCCCUACUUUCGUCAAACCGCACCUACCCCCACCCCUAGGAUCAGCUGCGUCAAUGGACAGUGACGAUAUUCCUUACGUGGUCAACCCUCAUCCACGUUCCUCGAGUGUCUCGAAGCCUCCAUCGCGUGGGCCUCUUACGCGGGGUAACUCUUUAGAAAAAGGAUACUUGACCAGGACCGCUUCGAUCGAGAGGAGUUCACGAAAGAGUGUGACAUCAAGCUCCCCAACUUCAACAACUCCUCCUAAGUAAGUCCGUUUUUAAUUGCCUAUUUUUUGUUUUGUUAAUCUUGUUUCUCUGGCUUGUUAGAGGGGGUCCGACUCUUGAUUUUUCCAUGAUCGAAACAGUAAAAGAAAGCUGCUCAAAGUAACUUGGGACUCUUUCGAAAAUCCCUUCGAAGUAAUUGUUACGUAGAACUUCUAAUGACAAAUUUGUGAUCGGCUUUGGGUUAGUCCUUUAUCCUGCCCGCCUUACUCCUCCCUGCAAUGAUGGGCCGAAAAAUGGAAAACUAAUAUCACUGGAAUGGUCCCAACACUUUUGACCUCCACGGUAGUCAAGGUUGGUACCAGUCCUCCAUUCAAAGCUGAACUAUGAUGAUUAGUAUUAAAGGCGUCUUGAAGUAACGGACAUUUUGUUGUUCAGUAUCUAAAACAAAAAUUCUUGAUCAUAUUGACACAGUCGCUUUUUACCACGUAAUAAGAGGGUUAAUGCCACUAGACAUUAUUUCUUGCCUUUAUGUGCUGAAAAAACGAAAAUAUGUAAAGGUGGUCCACUCGGUUGAAUGUAUGACAUUAGAGAGCUCAAGGAAAGGCCUAUUUUGAAAGCCGCAUGUCAACCGGAAGUGUACUUUUCGCAUACUUGGGCAGUGGUUUUGCUAAAACGUUUGCGGAAAAUCACCUUUGUAGGAGUAAAAACACUCCGCAAGAAAAAUAUUAUCGCGUUUAGGCAUAUUAAAAGAGAAGGCCUUGCUUGUAGUUGACUUGCGUCGCUCAAAAACGCCUUCACUUAAGCUUAUUAUAUAAAUUGUUUGAACAGGUAACCCCACAAAAUUUGUGUCUACAUGCAUAAGCCACUUGCAAACUAUCAAUACGGCUGACCCAAGAUUGUAUGAACGUUUCAGAUACUUCACCCUUCCCGUAUACCCUUAUGAAACGCUUAAACUGGUGGGUUGAACUCUGGAAGUUAAGAAAUGACUUGCAUGACUUAUGAUUAUACUUAAACAAUUUGACGUAGCCUUACUUAUUUAUAACUGAUGUUUUUUAUAGGCGGCCAUCAGAACUAGAAACUGCGGACAAUUUUUUCAUCGACACCAUUUUAAACCGUCACGCUAGACUGCUACUGACCGCGCAUCGACUCAGGGACCUCGGCAGGUUUGCCGCUUAUUUAGAGUUUGCUCUUGUGCCGUGGCUUCGUAAAGAAAGGUAAGUAAGCAAGUAACAGGCAUUUGAUCUUAUCGCCUUCAAAUUUGUGGGUUUAACUACUUCUUCACCUAAGAAACUUUGUGGCUGUCACCUAGCAUCAAUUUCUCUCUCUGAAAAAUUACCGGAUAUUUACCAUAUUCAUUUGGGUUGUAGUGGCAGGUGAUUCAAACACCUCCUCUAUUUACAUCUCCCACGUCGCUCAUUGAGGGAGGCUGUGAAAAUUUUUCCACGAAACAUUUUUUUCACCUCUGAAGACAUGAGGAGAUGCAAAACACCAGAAUUUCCCUAGUCAAAGCCCUAUAGUUGGAACCUCUUGUAAACGACCAUCUCUCUUAAGCGACCUCAACAACUUUUUGGUUGUCAGUGUUUAAAUUUUCCUUUGUUUGUGUAAUGUGAUGUGGUGGAUCAGAGGACAACAAGACGCGCCCUCUUUACAUAUUAACAUGUUAACAGUAAGUUGGGACUUCAGCAUACAAGGCGUCACUGGCAGCCGCUAUCAGUCCAUUUAUGAGCUUAUUGUAACCCACCUAUAGCUCAUGAUAUGAAUGAUGUGUGAUGCGUGAAAGGUAGACCACACCACCGGGGAAACUUCCCCUACUCUUUUGAACAGUAGUGUGGGUUCUUUUUUGUCCCCUUCGAUUUUGACUGCUGAAAGGAGGAUGAAGGAGACAAGACCAAUGGCUUAACGUCACUGCCCAAUGACGCGAUCACCUUAACUGAGACAAGGUCUCAAAUCGUAGCCAGCAUGAUCUCACCACUUUUUUUAAAAAAAGACCCUGAUUGUCUGUCCGGCCGGGAUUUGAACGUACGACUUCCUGCUCUGCAGACCGGUGCUCUCCCAACUGAGCUAACCGGGUGGCGGUUGUAACCUCUUUUAAGCGACCACUUGACGCACUUUCUGAUCUGUUUGCUAGAUUUAUGCACUAUGCUACUUAGAAUAUUCCAAGAACUCUUAAUGACAAUAUGGAACCACCAUAUCAUAUCUUAGAAUUGCUUGCAGUACAUUCUCUUCCAAAGAGUAGAUGAAAAGGCCCCUGUGGUUCGAUUCUCGUAAGUAACCACCUCCCGUAAGCGACCACUAAGUCUUCACAUUUUGGGUAGUCGCUUAUGGGAGGUUUGAAGGUAUUUGUUUCCCUUACAGAAAUCGUGCUGCCCGUGUGGAAGAUUACAUUGAAACUUUGAGAAAUGUCCACAACACAUUUGGUCUUCCGUAUCCUGCUGUCAGUCAACAAUCAUUAUCUGCGCCAUUAUCGCCUAAAUCAGACACUAGACAUGGUAGGUAUAAUCUGUCAUAGUCGAUAAUAGUCUCCCACGCAACCAUCUGUGACGACACAAAUACAGCUGCGUGUGAGACUAAGUCUGUCUUCAAUUCUAGUAGCGAUUUUUGUUGUCAUGAAGCAAUGCGUAUUUUAAAAAGAAGCGCUUUUGUGUGAGAAGUCGCUAGAAGGCUACUUUUGGUGCAAAAGGCCUUAUUAUUUGGAAGGCUCGUGAAGGUUAGUUCACAAACCUGCAGACAAACAACCUGCAAGUACCAACGCUAUAAUCUACCAAAGGUGCUUCCCAAAUUGACGUCAUCAGACACCAAUGCUCUACGGGUUGAUUUCCUUAGCGGGCGUGGUUGGACGUUCCCCCUUGGUUUCCGGAUAAGCAGGAACAUUGAACAAAAUUUUAAUUUGCAUUUUUUAAAAUUUUUUUGUACAAACUGCAAAGAACCCUGUUGCCCAUUAAGCCCUUUUACUUUCCGCUGCGUGCAUGGUUGUCCUGUGGCUCAAGGUACAAGAACAUUUGCUCGUUAUUUCUUUGAUGUUGAUACCCCUCCCCUUAGCUUGUUUUGGCGUCUACUUUUGUUCCGGAAGCGUAGAUCUUCUAGAGCCUUUCGGUCUUCUUUUAAUUUGAACUACCCUCAUUUAGUUUGUUUGUUUGUUUGUUUGGCUAUUCGUUGUACGCAAAAUGCGUCUAAAAACUAUGCACAAUCCUCAGUCACUCCAUGUUUAUCACUGUGCUUGUUCACUUAAACACGACCAAAUGUAGUGGUUGAGUUUUUACACUUCUAUUUGUUGCCUAUAUGUUGGAAAACGAGUAGGUUUUGGAUAUUGACAAAAUGAUUGAUUUCAACCAAGGUCGAUUUUCAUCAGUGUCUUCGUCAAGUAGCACCGCCGGUGGACGCCAAACCUUGAAUGAGCUGGAGGGAAGAAUGGAGCUGGGGAUCGAACUUGGAGAAGAGGUGGAGGAAGAAGCACACUUGUCUCCAGCCUACAGAAGUGAGUCGAGUACUGAAUCAUGAAUCAUGAGUCGGACUCUUUUAGCUUCCCAGGUUAUCGUAAUGAAUUGUAUGGUGGGUGUGGUCACAAGUGUUGUGACUGUCACGAGUGAUGUGACCGUGACGAGUGUUGUGACUGUGACGUGUCAUGACGGUGAUGUUUGUAAAUAGUGAUGUCUCCUAAAUCCAGCGACCUUGCGAGCAGUGGUUUCUCAAGGCCGGACACUACGCUUCGAUGGGAAAGAAACCACUGCGAGCAACCGUUUGCUUUUCCAUCGAGCAUGCGCGUCCACGUGAUGACUACGAAUAUCCAACGACAAGACGGCAAAGAGAACUUCAACAAAACAAUAGGUUUAAUAAGCAAAACAACAACUUUGCACGUGCAUCACGCUUUUAUUUUUGCAUUUCUUUGCCAUUUUUGCGCGACUACGACGUGAAGAUGCCUAAUUUUGCGUUUUAUGGAUAACGUAAACAAGCACGACGAAAUUUAUUUUUCUUUUCGCUCUUGAACUUUGAUAUGGUCCCUUGGAAUUCAACUCCAUUUGGGUUCGCCUACAUUUGACAAAGUAAGUAGAUAGGAAUAAAAUUAAUAAUCCAAAGAAACACUGAAUAUCCACAGCAGGCUCGCGUAAAAGCAGCAAUUGUAAGCGUAAGCAAAUGCGCGAGAGCCUAAACUUGCUUUCAAACAGGAUUUACAUGUUUAAAGUUAAUUUAUUCGUCCAUAGCGCUGGACGAAGGCUCAAUCAAAGAAGCAAACGGUUGCUCACAGUGGUUUCUCUCCCUUCGUAGCGUAGCUUCCGGCCUGGAGAAACCACUGCUUGCAUGGUAAAAUCCAGCUUCUAAACGACCGAACCAUUCCCGCCAGUGUAGCGUUACUUGGAAUGAGGGCAGAUUUCAGAUUUUUUGCACUAUUGACUAAUAAAACUAUAUACAGGAGGGGUGGGGGGGAGAACAGCUGAGUUACACAAAUGGUGGAAACUAAAGUGUGCCGGCAGUAACCAAAGUGGCUCAGCCUUUCGAGUUGAUCACUGCCAUGUGCAGUUAACUGACGUGGUAAUGUUCAUAACAUAACAUUCAGUCGGCAUAAUCGCUUUAGAUAUUGAAGCGUGAUUGUUACUUCCUUGAUUGUAGAUGAUGAAUGUGGACGUAUCAGCGGUGAUCCGUCGGAAACAAGUUCAUUGGCUUACUCAAUGGAUGGGGAAGAGGACUGGAUUUGGGGAGGAGAGGGACCUGGGUUUGCGGAUGUUCAAGAGAUUCGUGCUCAGCUUGCUUUCAGUGGCUCACUUCAAGCCCUGAGAGAGAUUAGGUCGGUUCAAUAUAGAUCUUUGCCCUUUUUGGGUAGAUUAUAACCUUUACUGUACGUUUUCAGUGUAAUAACAAAAAUUUAUUCCCAUAUUACUUUAGACAAAGACCUUCGUCGCAGCCUUCCAAUCAAGGAAAGCCAGACUCCCGCAUCUUUUUCGAAAAAUACUGUUACUUUAGUGUCCUUUCUUAAAGAAGCACAGCUAUCGCUAUGAGGUUUCCUGUUCUCGUUAUAAAGAAAAUCUUUUAGCGUUAUGUCCUUGUGCCGAAACAAGGCUAGAGGUAAACUUGUUUAAUAGAAACUUCACUGCUUUUCACAUAUAAAGCAUGUUUUCUCGCAUAUGAAUGGCGCUGAGAUUUCCGUCAAAACAAAGUCAUGGAAGCCUUGCUUCCACUCAAAGGCGAUGCUGCGUAGCAUUCAACUAUAAAUUGGCCCUGAAUAUGAAACAAAACAAUCUUAAGCCGUUGAAUACAACGAACAUAAGAACUGAACUAAAUUUUAGCAAAUGUUAGCUGAUUCUUUCGCAAAACACGUUUUUCUUGACGUAUAAUGUCUUUUUGGGUUACAUCUGCACCAUAUAUUCACGAAACGCAUUUCUUUUGUUCAGAUUCUUGCUGCAGAUGUUUAUGGAGGCUAGAUGUUACGACUGGUGGUUGAUACUUUCCUUAGUGUUGCGUGACAGCACGUGUCUGACAAAUUUCAUUGACGACGCCAUCAAACUUCGCGACACAAACGUGGAAUCUUUGUCCCGGAUGAGGGAUGGAAUUGAAGCUCUGGAGACAUGGGCCGAGCACAAUUGGUAAUUUUGAUCUCUUUCGGACCUACAAUUAUUAUUGUUAUUAUUUUUACUUUUUUUUUUUUUCAGGCCACUUACAAAGAAGUUCUGAUUUAAUUAAUGAUAGUUUCCAGCUCAGUUUUUGUUGUAAACUGGCCCCUAAAUCCAGAUUGAAACACACUGCCACUUUCCUCCUAAGCUCAGUAAUUUGUCUGUAACUGAGACUACCUCCAUAGGAGUCCAUUAGGGUUGUAAACGCACACUGUCACAUAUAUAUGUUCACAGUUGUCCUCACGAGAACGAUAUUUAUCGUUCACCGACUAUUCUUUCGUUCAUCCCCUCUGGGUACUUUAAUUACGAAUACAUUCUUCAGUGGAAGGAAAACGUAAACGUAUAAGUUUGCUUAUUAUAUCCCCCACUCAGUCAGUGCGGAAGCUGUGGAAGCUCAAUUUUGCCAGCCGUAUUCUACUGUUAAAUUUGAAAAUGUUCUUUCCCGCGUGCCUAAUUAACCUUAGAUACAUAAUUGUAUCUAACUCGCUAACCUCCUUUGCUUUCUUUACUCGCUCCAUAAUGCAAGUUAUGGAUCCUCGAUUUUUUUCCUGUUGAAUUAUAGCCUCCGGAAUAGAACUCGCUCCGUACCUUACGGUAUGGACCUCGAACUCAGUCAGCAAGAGCUUCAUUGUAUAAUACACAUUAUUAAAAACUGAAUCAUUGGAUAAUGCAAUUCUAGCAUUUUGAUUGGCUUAGCCGUUAUGGUAUAUGAGCUAUUAUACCAUGCUCUCCAUAUAUGGUCGGUAUACGCGUCAGUUUAAAAUUGGAAGCUAGCUGAGAUUUUUUUUCGCGAAGGAUAGAACGGUGCCCGAAGCAAAUCGUUAUAAUUCAUUUCUUAGAAUACUAGAAAUGCAAUUUCAUUGAAAGAAAAAAGACAAAAACAAACAAAAAAGCCACAAGAGCUUGUUUGAAAGUUUGUCGAAAAACACAUGGCACAUGGAACUAAAUUACCUUGACCAGCUACGAAAGAAGACAAGCGUUGUUUCUUCACGAUCGCGAAGCCAUUCGCCGAUCGAGUCACUUGCCGAUAGAUAACUGCGGCUUGUUUAUCCGACAUCAAGAAUAUAAAUCACAAGUAACCAGCUACAAAUACAGGCUAUGCAGCCAUUAACUACAGCAAUCGAGGCGGCAGUAUAGCUUCUUUUCUCGUUCAGCAAAACCAGCUUGUGGCUUCAAACAACUUCAUAACAAGCGACCGAGGUAAUUAUAGUUUUUCCCCGUUGUUCGUACUUUUAUAACUGCACCGAAAAUCCAAAUUCACAGUAAUUUCGACGGCUGUCAUUUAAAAAUUCUUUUCCUUCACAUUAUCUGCCAGGUUUUUUAGCUGUUCUGCAGUGUAAAAUCCUAGAAUCCCGAUGAGUUUUUUAAAAAAGUAAUGUUCUUCGCUACAAUGUUUUGAUUUUUCAUUCAUGCAGUUCAGGCGAGUCCGUUCGCGCGUUGACAGUUUUGAUAGACGUGUGACAUGUGAAUAGCGGAAGUCCCUUGUCUUUUCCGGUUUGUUCUAGUCGGGGAGAUUCAACGAGAUUUUGUGGGCGUUUUUAAUAAAAACAAUUAUUCCACUCGCACUUGUUGGAUAUGAGAUGAUUAUAGCCAACUCGGCGCUACGCGCCUCGUUAGCUAUAUAUCAUCUCAUAUCCAACGCGCCCUCGUGGAAUAAUUGUUAAUUACACGGACUCCUGACUGUGUAGACAAUUAAAGACCCAUUUACCCUCAAACAAUUUCUACCCUUGUUGUUAAUUAUUUUUUUAUUUUCACUUGUUUAAUGCCGUGUUAAUUUUGCGCCGUUUAAUAAGACCAAGUGGGAUAGUCAAGUUACACAGAGGGUGGCAGCUUUAAAAUGAAUUUUAAAACGACCCGAACUGAUGGCAACUUUGACGCGGCAGCUGUAGAAAUCUCAGAUACAUCAUAUAUACAUAGAUUUCUUAAGACUCCCUUUACAAACUCUUAGAAAGGCCUUUCUCGUCAUAUUAUUAGUAUUUUUAACUAAAUGACGACUGAAAUUAAUACCGUUCAUCUUAAUUGUGUCCCUUUUAGUCAUGGCUACUAUUUGUUCUUUGGCCUUCAUAAGGAAUACUGGCUCGCGAUUGAGAGUGUGCUGACCAACGCUAAAACUGCGCCCAAAGAACAAAAGGACAGCAGUCCGUCUUCUGAGCCCAGCCAUCUAUCGCCGCGCUCUAGCGCAAGUAAAGACGACGAUGGACCUGGGAACGAACAAGAAUCAUGUGAAGAAACAACCGAGGAAGACAAGGACGAGUACGAAUGUGUUGUGUCGUGA